AUGGACGUCGACGAUGUAUCUAACAUUAGCGGCUUAGUAGAAGAUGUCGUGGCCGCCUCCAAGGUGCCCGCCAAACGACGCGGGGCCCCCAUCAGGCCCACCGUCGAUAAGCUCGCUGCGGCGGCCUACGAGCGCGGCCUCCUGCCCGAGGCCCUCUCUGACUUGGUCGGCCUCCUCACGCGGCCGAAUCACCUCGACCAGGCCAGCUUAGGCAUUAUCGCGCGGCACCUCUACCCCGCGUCGGCCGUGUCUAGUAAUGUGAUCCUCCAGAUCGUGGGCUGCCUGGGCAUCGGCGAGCUGAAACCCUCGCUACCCAUCCAGGCCACCCUCCUCAGGUGGCUAGUCAUGGUCUACCAUGUCAUUGACUCGCCCACCAUUCUCUCACGGGCGUAUCCUGUUCUGUUCAACCUACUUGAUGUGGCAGCUAUCAGGCCGCAGAUCUGUCACGUCCUGGCGCUCGUGACCCGGCGCAAGGAUGUGCAACCCUUUAGGAUACAGGCCGUACUGGAACUCUCACGUCAGACGGGCAAGGACCCCGCCCUGCACCCCGACCUCGAAUGGCGAAUUCGGCUUGACGACAUCCAAGCAGCUCAUUCGCGCAAGUACGAAGGUGAUGCGGCGACUGCUCGCCGCGGAGGCUUCCAGGUGCGCCACAAGUCUUUCGGUAGAGCGAAGAAGUCUACCAUACCCCAUGUGCGCACGGCGCACGCGACAGAGCAAUCGGUCACGCUAGAGGAGAUCAAUGAUGCCACAGCGUUUGUCGAGAACCUCGAGAAGAUCAUGCUGCCCAGUCAGCUUGUUGCCGUGUUAGCGGAUCCGUUGCUCCAAAAGUUUCUGCUGCUGCGACCCAAUGAGGAGGCGUUCACGCGGAUUAGCAACUGGCUAGCGGGGUCCUUCGAGAUAUCCGGACGGGCGACGCGGAUUCGAGCACCAUCAUCGACGUUCUCGGCGUGUUGCAGGAAGCUCAACGAGAACAUAUUUCUCCCUCUGGAGGCAAGUAUUCUUGACAAUAGCGUCAAAUCUCAGCUAGCCCUCCUCCGGUUUUUCAAGGAGCUUUUGCGGUACUGGCACGGUCAGCUCCUCACCUUUGACGAGAUCCCCGUACAUGCGCCCCCUGCGUUCACAGCCAUCGUCGACCGCGCGCACCAGCUCGCCCUCACGAUUACGCAGACGAGCCCGACCAUCACCGCGGAAUUCGCCAUUAUCGAAUUCCUAGAGCACCACUCCCUCGCCGUAGUCUCGCGCCUCUGCGCUGUGCUAUCCGCCUAUAAGCAAAACUUUCAAGCCGCUAUGACCGCCAAGAAAUCCAAGAGCCAAAGGCCGGGCGCGCAGCCCAUCACGUCCUCCACCUACCCACUCCAUUACAUCAACCGCUUCAACGGCUUCCUCAUGGACAUUUGCAACUGCGUCUGGCGCAUGCGCGGCUUCACCGACUCGGACCCCAACGCCCUCGGCUGCCUCUCGAUCCUCGCCGUGCGCGAGUUGGAAGACGAGGCCCUGGAUAAGGACGGUCCGCGCGCCCUCGCGACCCGGCAUCCGGGCCCGGUCACGCAGUCUAGCCUGGCACGCCUGCGGGAGACUGGUGGCUUGGCCCUCUCGUGGCAGGACUAUCGCCUGGCUGUUCUAGCGAGACUGGAGGAUACCGGUCUCGCAGGCAUCCCGGAUCUCAUGAGAAAUACAAUGAAGAUCUUGAAGACUGGUUCAAGGGUAUCACAGGCGUCACAGGCGUCCGCAUCGUCCCAGCGGAGAUAG